GGCUGUCCGAUUGCAGCGGAUUCUUUUCGUUGCUCGACCAGAAGAAAGCCGGGACGUGACGGAGCAGGGGGGAUUUUGCUUGUUGGAGGCCCGCUAAACCACCGACAAAUACAUUUUCCUUGUCGUUCGAGAGACGAUUGUGAUUCAGCUUGACCCAACUUGCCUUUUUCAUCUUAGAACUAAUUACACAAACAUGUCCUGGCAAAGCUACGUGGACAACCUGAUGGCUGAUGGCAGCUGCCAGGACGCGGCCAUUGUUGGGUACACGGACGCCAAAUACGUCUGGGCAUCGUUUUCCGGUGGUACCUUUGCCAACAUAACGCCUGAUGAAAUCGACGUGUUAAUAGGAAAGGACCGGGAGGGAUUCUUCACCAGUGGGCUGACCUUAGGCAAUAAGAAGUGCUCCGUAAUCAGAGACAGCCUCCAAAUCGACGGCGACUGGACAAUGGACAUCCGGACAAAGAGUCAAGGAGGAGAGCCAACAUACAAUGUUUCUGUAGGCAGAGCAGGCAAAGCAUUGGUUUUUGUCAUGGGGAAGGAAGGUGUCCAUGGAGGGCAGCUCAACAAGAAAUCAUUUCAGAUGGCUGAGUACCUGAGGAAGUCCGGAUACUAAAGCAGCCUGUACCUGGCUACCUAGCAGAUCACCCAUACCACCCUGUUGCAUUUCACACUGCUUCAGUACUAGUCAGUAGUUACAUUUUCUUUCUCUGCCUUUUCUCCUGAUUUGUUAUCUCUCUUUUUGCCCCUCCCCCAACACACUUGUUGUACCCCUUUAAGUACUCUUUAAGUUGAUCAAUAGCAAAGGUGAGCAUGUUGCUAACAGGCUGUCAUGACAAAUCGGACAAAACAAUACCAGCAACAACUUGGACAUUGAAGGCUAUAGCAUAACAUCCAUUUGAAGUGAACUAGAUCAUUUAAUCCCUCCCUAAGCAGUUGAUGCCUCUGGAGCACACCACCACCACCAAACACACACACACGCACACACGCAACUGGGAGAGGAGACUACAUGCAUAUCUCAGACUACUAUUGUUUCUUUCACACCUGACACUAUCUCCACAAAUCCCCCAUGCCAAAAUUUUCAGUUCCUCCCCUCCCUGUAUUCUCAAGUCAGGCAACACUACAAACGUCACAGGACAGUUUUCAUCAAACACCAAAUUCCUGUGAGAUUCAAAGCUCUUUCCUGUAUACUUCCAAAAAAAAAAAAUGGGGGCUGUGGUUUGCAUGUAUGUUGGAUUGGCUCCGUUUACUAUCAUGAACCAGCUUUGCAAGUGUUGGUGUCACCCAGAUGCUGGUUGUCUCUCCUCCCAGCAUCACAACCUCCCUGAUUACACAAAAACCAUGGACAUUCCACAGUAACAAUGGCUCAGGCACUUAAUACUGUUUUGUUUGCCAGCUCCUGUAAUUAUUGUGUGUGUGUGUGUCUAUAUAUGUGUGUGUGUGUGUGUGUGUAUAUAUAUAUAUAUAUAUAUAUAUAUAUAUAUAUAUAUAUAUAUAAUAUAUAUUAUAUAUAUAUAUAUAUAUAUAUAGAUAGAUAUGCUCGCACGCACACACUUUUUUUUUUUUUUUUUUUUUUUUAUGGACAGCCAAUAUCCCACCAUAUAACCAUCUGGAGUUUGUCCUGUUUGACUUUGUUUUCCUUUCUUUCUAUAGGACCAAGUGUAGUCGAAGCAUACAGUUCUAAAUCAUGCGAUGGAUGAUUGCAAACGUUUUUCUGAUCAAGGACACCCUAAGCAGAAAGUAAUACUGUGGUAUAAAAUGUAAAGCUACAUGGGAGGUUGAGAGGUAAGGGUGACAGUGUUGGAAUAAAAUUCUCCUGUCAUUUACUGUUUAAAAAGACCCCCCCCCCCCCCCCAAAAAAAAAAACAAAAAAAAAACGUUGCAUUUGUCAUGCUGUGCUGACAACUACAAUACUGUGGAAUUAAUUGCCUUCUACUUAAGUCAGCUGAGUUCUGGGGUAUCACACGGUCUGUCCACAUUGAGCACUAACUUUAAGGUCCAACUACAAAAACACUCAAGUAGAAAUGACACUGCAUGGGAGAUGGAAUAGUUGGAUUCAAAGAUACUCAUGGUCGUCUUGUUGAAAUUGAACUUCAGAACCUGUGUGUCUUGUGCCAUAACUUAGAGAUAUCUGUUGCAGUUGUAAGAUGGAUUUUUACCCACUGUCAACUAAGGAGUCGUUUCCUUUGGCACUUUUUUUUUUAUAUAUAUAUAGCUUCAGCUCCACUGUUCAGGCUUUGUGGGAUAUGUGUACUCAUUAAAAAGGAAAAAAAAACUUUCCAGUUCCUAUUUGCAGAUUUGUUCAUUUCCACGCCAUUUUUUUUUCUUACAUCUGGGAUACAGUCUCUGUAAUGCAUCUGAUUUGAUAUGCAUACAAACCAAGAAAUGCCAUAAAUUGAUUUAUCACCUUGUUUACAGAUCAAAUAAAUUUAUUCCAACCAGA